AUGAAGAUUAUUUCACUUAUCGUUGACAUUGGAGGACACUUGGUGGUGCCAAUCAGAAAACAUUUUUGCUAUCUAAGUUGCUACAAUAGCAAUAUCAAGAAUCUCAAAGAUCAAUUUCAGAAGCUGGGUGACAAGAGAGCUGGGGUGCAAAUAGAAAUUGAUGUAGCAAAACAGAACGGAAAGGUAAUUGCACCUGAGGUUGAGAGCUGGGUAGAAAAGGUAGACAACAUUAGUGAAGGUCUGCAGAGAUUCCUUGAAGAAGAUGUCAAGGUGAAUGCGAUGUGCUUGGAUGGAUGGUGUCCCAAUUUGAAGUCACGUUAUUUCUUGAGUAGGAAAGCUAAGAAGAAGACUUUGGAAAUUGAUGGGCUUUUAAGGGAUGGACAAUUUGAUAAAGUGUCCUAUCCUCCUCCACCACCGAGAAUAGCAACUUCAUCCAAGGAAGGUUUUAAGGUUUUUGAAUCAAGAAUCCCAGUUAUGAAAGAAGUUUUGACUGCUUUAAGGGAUGACAAGAUCAACAUGAUUGCCAUUUGCGGGAUUGAGGGGAUUGGAAAGACAACAAUGGCAAAAGAGGUAGCAAAAAGAGCCAAAGAUGAUAACUUAUUUGAUGAAGUUGUGAUGGUAGUAGUGUCCCGUAAAAAAGACUUGAGCAAGAUUGAAGAUCAAAUUGCAAUGAUGCGACGUUGGGAAAUUAACUUUGAGAAUGUCCUUGUAAUACUAGAUAAUGUUUUGGAAGAACUUAAUCUAAAGGACGUAGGAAUUCCUUAUAAAGUUGAACUCAAUAGUUGCAAAAUCUUGUUAACAUCAAGAAGUGAAGAAGUCUGCAAUCAAAUGAAAUCUCAUAAGAUUGUUAGAAUUGAAGCCUUAACUGAAGAAGAAGCAUGGAGCAUUUUCAAAGAGAUGGCAGGUAAUUGUAUAGAUACUCCCAAUCUACAUCCAAUAGCAGAAAAGGUUGCGAAGGAAUGUAAAGGCAUACCCAUUGCUAUAGUUACUGUUGGAAGAGCUCUAGAAAACAAGAGAAAGAAUGAGUGGGUUGCUGCACUUCAACAGCUUAGAAAGUCUAUCUCAAAAAAUAAUUCAGGUUUGGAUUCAACUGUCUAUUCUAGCAUAGAGCUCAGUUACAAUUUUCUAGCAAGUGAUGAAACCAAGUCAUGCUUUUUGCUUUGCUGUUUAUUUCUAGAAGAUUAUGAUAUUCCCAUUGAAUAUUUAGUCAGAUUUGGAGUGGGACAAAUGUUGUUUGCAAAGAUUGAUAAGGUGGCAGAAGCAAGAAAUAGUCCAUGCAAUGAUUGA